AUGAUUGACUGGCACUUUCGUCAUAGGGAAGGAGUUGGAUCUCUUCCGGGAGUGGAUCCCAUCGCAUUCCUCGCCAUCUGCCUUAGUCUCCCAGUGAUUUAUCUCAUAUGGACGGACUAUAUAGCAUUCGUCAGUCUUGGUCCCGGGGGUACGUCUUGCAACUUUCUCGGAUACCUAAAGAUUACCUUCUUGCGCCUCUUCGCUCUUCGAGAUCCUUGUGUUGCUGCACCCGUCCCAGCGAACCUCGAGCCGCAGUCAGGUUAUUUAUUUAGCCUCCCAAAACGAACGGGUCGUCGCCCCAGUGUCACUGGUAUCGCUCCUCAUAGACAGACGACUCAUAGAGGUACACAGGAGAAUUUCUUGCAUCUUUCGUAUGCAAUCCGCGCUCUAUCACUGCAGUCGAGAGGCACUCUUGGCCUUGGCACGUCUUGUUUCGAAAAGCAUGGAACGGGAUUGUUCGCGACGACACCACUCAACCGGACCUGCAACGGCGAGAUAUGCCACGCUCAUCCCAGCGACGGCAGUCUUCAUAUGACCCUUCAUCCUGCUGAUGCCAAGCUUAUAAUCGAAAACCGGUGGGGUGAAAGACAUCCUUUGGCUAAGGGAGGUUGGCUGAGCCGGUUUGUACCAAUAGGCUUCGUCAUGGUGUAUGCUCCUCGAGAUAAGCAUGAGCUGCGAAUCGUCAUGCAGAUUAUCAAGGCUGCAGCAUGGUGGGUUGGUGGCAGCCAAGCGCUCAAAUGGAAAGAAGUAGAGUCGGAAGAAGGACAAGUAAAUGACCUGGUCCUUCGCAUCGCAGAUCGAGAUCCCAGGGAAGAAAAGGAAGAAACCCUGCCAGUUGAACUGAUACAGACAAAGAACAGCAAAUCAUGCAAAUUCGGAGUUGCAGAUAUGACGAAAGUCGUUCACAGUGGGUAG